AGGCGGCGGGGCCGGCCAUGGCGAAGGGCACGGGCGGAGGGCGGCAGGCGGCGGGGGAGCCCCGCACGGCCCACCCGGUCCACCCGGCCCACCCUCCGGCGCGGGAGCUCCUCACAGAGAAAAAUCAUGCACAAGCUGGAUCGGCGAGAAUGUCUCUCCUUAUACUGGUGUCCAUUUUCUUGUCCGCUGCUUCUGUUAUGUUCCUGGUAUAUAAAAAUUUUCCCCAGCUAAAUGAAGAAGAAAGAGCAAACAUGAAGGUUCCCAGGGAUAUGGAUGAUGCCAAGGCAUUGGGAAGAGUUUUGUCUAAGUACAAGGACACUUUCUAUGUACAAGUUCUUGUGGCUUACUUUACUACGUAUAUUUUUUUGCAGACGUUUGCCAUACCAGGUUCUAUAUUUCUCAGUAUACUCUCAGGAUUUCUCUAUCCAUUCCCACUAGCCUUGUUCCUUGUUUGCUUGUGCUCCGGUCUUGGUGCUUCCUUCUGCUACAUGCUUUCCUAUUUAGUGGGCCGACCAGUAGUAUACAAAUAUUUAACAGAGAAAGCAGUGAGAUGGUCACAGCAGGUUGAACGACACAGACAACAUCUCAUUAACUACAUGAUAUUUUUAAGAAUCACACCUUUUCUGCCUAACUGGUUUAUCAACAUAGCAUCUCCUGUAAUAAAUGUACCAUUGAAAGUAUUUUUCAUUGGUACUUUUCUAGGUGUUGCACCUCCAUCUUUUGUAGCAAUUAAGGCAGGAACAACAUUAUACCAGCUUACAACAGCUGGAGAAGCAGUUUCUUGGAACUCAGUAUUUGUUCUCAUGAUUUUAGCUGUUAUCUCAAUUCUGCCAGCCAUCUUCCAAAACAAACUUAAGCAGAAGUUUGUGUAAAGAUCACUUGAAUUUUAGUUUCACGUACUUCAUCUCAGGAUCAAUGCUUCUAUGUUUUGUUUUUGUUUCGUCAAGUCUUCAGCAGAGGAAAAAGAGGGAGUUGUAGUGAAUAAAAAUCUUUUCCUUCAAAGGACACUUUCUAAUAACCAAGGAAAUAUGUUCAGAAUAUCUGCAUAAAUUUUUGAAACCAACCAUUAAUUACUUCUAAGUGGGGAAGAGGAAGCAAGGAAUUUGAGGAGAAGCAAAGUUUACAACUAGAAUGAUCUACUGACUUUUAUGGUAGACAUUUUUAUUUUGAAUGGUAUGCUGUGAUCAGUAUUGUUGGCAGGCUGCGGAGAACGAUUCAUCUGAAACUUGUAUCCAAUUUUUUAUUAUAUAAUGCUUGCUUGGGCAAAUUUACCUGUGGUUUAAUAGUUUGGUCUGAUCACUUUUCCCCGUCCCUUUCUGACAUAGAGAAUGGGCCAGGAUAUAUCUUGAAUAGACGAAGUGUUAUGUUUUCCUACUAGUCUUCCCUGAAAAAAAAAUCAAAUUGUAGUUAUAAAAUUUCUCUCCCUCCUAAAUUUUGAGGUGAUGGCUUGUUUCAGAGUAGAGUAUCUCGGCAGAGAGAAACCUUUAUUUCCUAACCUACCACUAAUUUGGAUUAAUAGAUAUGAUCAGUAACAUAGUUAUUUUUUAAUUCUAAAUUUUAUAAUGGAUUAUUCAGACAUUUUAGAUUCAGGCUUUGGCUUGUUUUAAUUUAUUUUUAAGUUUUGCUAAUAUUCUGUCUGUGCCUGUAUAUGGAGUUCUUAGUGCAUGACUGAUUCUAAUUAAAAUAUCCAAAUUUUGCUGUUCCUCUUUCAAAUCUGAACAAGGGCGAAAUGUGUUUCCAAGUGCUUACAACUUUGAGAUAUUUGAAAGGUUGAGAAAUGAAUUUAUUUUCCUUUUGGAAAAGAGACUUAAAGCCAGUACCACACUUAAGUGGCUAAAUGUAGUUAAUUGGUUAACCAGAUCAUUAUAACAAUCUUUUGUCACCCUCACAAAUUUACUAGGCUGGUCCUUAGCCUGUACUGUUGGUUUUUUUCCCUUUGGGGAUGCUUUAGGUGAGCAAGUGCUCUAAACAAUUCCACUGAAUGAGAUAUAUAUCAUCCUUUUACAGGGGAACCAACUGUAAUUAAUUUGCCCAUAUCAGACUAACAGCUAAUGUACAGCUGACUGCUCUCCGUCUUUUAGUGCGUCAGAUUGAGGGGAAUCACUUGUACGAAACAAAUAUAAUAUCCAUUUUGGCCCUUCAGAAGCUUGUCAGGUUGAAAACUAUUUUAGGUGCAGGAAAGAUCCAUUCAUACGUCUUGUUACGAAAGGUACUACCAUCUUUAAAGCACGUUUUCUGUAAUAUAUGGAUUGAUUAAUUUUUUUCUAUUGCAGUAUUAAAUGAAGUUAUUGUAAAUACACAAAAUAUAUUGAUUAAUACAUAUUCUUAUGUGAAUUUCUUUUUAUGUUAAAAUGAGCUAUAUUUAUUUGCAAUCAGAGUAUUCUUCCCUAUAAGAGAUUAAACUACUGAGCUAUAAAUCAAAUACUUUCUACAGGAGUAGUUCAGAAGCCUACUUUCUCUUUGGACAAGAUUCACAAAAAUGCAACCCUUUUAAAUGAGAUCUUAUUUAAAAGAACAACUUACCAGUCUUUUUAACAAUUCCUGAGUUUCAGUGAUUCUGUUUUGUUGCAGAAAUAUCUAGUGUGUUUCCAGUGGCUCACCCCACCCUUCAGUUGCUUCCUUCUCCCAAGCACUGAGUACAGUGCUCUCCACAUAGUAAAUGCUCAAUAAAUACCACUGAUUGA